GCCGCUGAAGGGGCCUGGCGUCGAAGUCCCGGCGGCAGAAACUGGGCCGAGCGGUCGAUUGAUUUCAUCCUUAUCCGUAAAGGACUCGUCAUUAUUUUAUCAUUAGAAGUUCCUGUAAGAGAAAUACUGUGACAUAGUAAUUUUCCUUUUUAUUCAGGAAAUGGAGGCUCACAGAGAGUGACUGCUCAAGGCUUAUUAAUAUUGAGACUAAUAGCUUGAUCCUUUGUUUACUUGGAGUGAGGGAAAAGAAUGAGUUAUGCAGAAAAACCCGAUGAAAUCACAAAAGACGAGUGGAUGGAAAAACUCAAUAAUUUGCACAUCCAAAGAGCCGACAUGAACCGCCUGAUUAUGAACUAUCUCGUUACUGAGGGUUUUAAAGAAGCAGCAGAGAAGUUUCGGAUGGAGUCUGGAAUUGAGCCCAGUGUUGAUCUGGAGACCCUGGAUGAAAGGAUAAAAAUUCGAGAAAUGAUCCUCAAAGGUCAGAUUCAGGAAGCCAUUGCACUGAUUAACAGCCUUCAUCCAGAAUUAUUAGACACAAACCGGUACCUUUACUUCCAUUUGCAGCAACAACAUUUAAUUGAGCUGAUUCGGCAGCGUGAGACAGAAGCUGCAUUGGAAUUUGCUCAGACGCAGCUAGCAGAACAAGGAGAGGAGAGCAGGGAAUGCCUGACAGAGAUGGAACGCACUCUGGCCCUGCUUGCUUUCGAUAAUCCUGAGGAAUCCCCUUUUGGAGACUUGCUCAACAUGAUGCAGAGACAGAAAGUGUGGAGUGAAGUUAACCAGGCUGUUCUAGACUAUGAAAAUCGCGAAUCAACGCCCAAGUUGGCUAAAUUACUGAAACUGCUACUGUGGGCCCAGAACGAGCUGGACCAGAAGAAAGUAAAAUAUCCCAAAAUGACAGACCUCAGCAAGGGGACAAUUGAAGAACCCAAGUAGAAUGUGUGCAGGUGGACACUAAACCGCGGAACUGCACAGUUAUAUACAUUUUUAAUCAGUCUGUGACUGAAAUAUUUUUACUACAGUUCAGGACUUUGCAAUUCAGUUGUGUGGUUUUUCCCCUUCCUUUUGGCAAGCAUACUUAAAGGGAGAUGGGUCCCUUUUUUAAAUGCAGCAGAUCGGCAUUGAAAAGCAUUGUAUCACUUUGACCAUCUGACUUAGGCUAUGCACUGUCAUAUGUUUUUAGCAAAAACAAAACAUGGCUUUUUUUACAUUCUGUGGUCACGGUUUGUAAUGUCUGGCUGCUGAAAGCACACUUUGGUAGCCAGUGAAUUAAUGUUGAAGCUCUGGCAACUCUCCAGUUAAACUUAACCUGUCUCUCACUUGAAUAUUGACUUUUUCUGUGUUAAUUUAUAGCCAAACAUGCAUUCCCUAUUUAAAAACUAGCAAUUGGUCAAGUGAUCAUUUUGUAAACCUCAUGGCAAUGUUGUUUUUCUGCAUAGGAUAUAGCAUAGAAAGCUUGUAAGCUGUAAUUGAAGAUAAUUCCCCUUGCUUUUCACACCUUGGUGACUUAUUUAUAUGGGGCUGAAUGUUAUAUUCAUGGUGGGCCUAGUUCUCUCACAAGUUUUACUGAAAAUAAAGGCUUUUUGUUUUGUAAUUUUCAAGAAUGACCAAAAUAGCCUCUGAAACAAGACAUUAAAUCAGUUUGUAGUUAGGUUUUCUUUUAUCAAAAUCUUAUUUUAAAUAUGAGCUGUAGUGAUUGCAUUUGGUUGGGUGACAGCUAUAGCCUUAAAACCAAUCAUGGGGGUGUGGGUGGUUUGGAAAAUAAAACAGUACUGUUACAUUUAGGGGGCCAUCUCUGUUUAUAAAAAAUGUCUGCCUUAAUGCAGAUUUACUGGAAUAGCAUCACAGUUCUUGGGCUAUAAUAGAGAGUUAUUUCAACAGAGUCUCACAUCAGAUAAAUGGAAUUUGAAUUUUACCAAUCUUUUCCUUCUUGAAUUCAUCAUCCUUAUUGUGGAGUGUUGUAACUACCAAGAACUGUUAGGCUUUAUUUUCACCCCAGUUAAGACACUGUAAUUCCUCAAGGUCCUUAUUUAGUUGCUGCAUUGUAAUUUCCUUUUAAGGUGUGGGGUGUUGUGUAGUAUGUAUGACUGACUGACAUCUUAAAAGCAAAGUUCGCUGGUUUGACUGGUAGGGCGAAGGACAAAACACCCAUUCAGUUAACCUUGCUGUGAGCCUGCUGAAGCAACUGACUUCAAGUAGCAAAAAUAUUACAAAGUUGAGACUGCCUGGCAGCUGUGGAUGCAAAUCUGCCCCGCUUCAAAAAAGCAAGCCAAACUCUCUGAUGCUGAUCUCGUAUGGGAGCAGCUUUUUGUAGAUUUCUGAAGUCUGGUCAGCAAUCAUUUAUAUGCUGCAUAGAGAACAUAAACUUGGGGGCCAUUCUUUGAUUUCGAGCAGGCUAUGUGACUGUUGAAGUAGCAAACCUUAGGCGUGGUCACCCAGAAACGAAUGGAAAUGGCUUGAGAGGGCUCCCUAGGGGAUUGAGCUCAUAGUCCCAUAUGGACUACUAUAACUACUGAUUGCUUGUAUGUAGUUCCAUUCUGGGGAGGCAGUUGUAGAAACUAUAAGGAUACACCAGUUUCAAGUCUAGACUGAAAUAGUGGAUACUGACACUUCUAUAAUCUUGCAUUGCAAAACGAGGCUCUGGCAACACACAAGUUGUUGUAAAACUGACAGCCUGGUGUUGAUCACCACUACUUUAAUGUAACAGACAGCCUUUUCUCAACACAUAGUUCUAACUAAGCUGCAUCAGCUGGGAACUGUACUCUGCUCUCAAAAGUAUGACACUUUCUACUUGUGUGGUGUAAUUUAACAAUGUGAAGCGGUGAAAACUAAUAGAGCUAAGCUUUUCCUCGGAUAUGACCGGUUAUUUUCCCAUUCUUGACUGUCAAAACCCACCUGAAGCUUUGGGGGAAAGUUUGAACUUUUAAACUUUUCAGUGCAAAGUUGCACAGGUCAUGUGUAACAAACAGAACUUUUUCUGCACCAGAAAUAGCGCAAUGCAGCCCAACUUGAGAAGCUUCCUAUGCAUUUUUAGAGCUAUGCUUAUUCUGUGAAUGCAUGGAUGACUGGAACCUUCAUUAGUUUGUUGAAUAUAUUAAGAGCCAAAUAUGUGGGUCCCUCCCUGGGGAUUAAAAUGCAACAUUAAAUAUAGUUUUAUUUCAUUUGGGUUUUGUAAUGCAUCGCACACUGAAGCAGCUUUAAUCUGUAAAGUUUUUUGGUGAACUUGAGAGAAGAUAUUUAAAAUGGUAUGAAAGAAAGCUAUGCAUUUUACAGAAAGUUCAAAGGGGUAGUCCCAAUGGUACUUUUAGGGAUCUUUAUAUUCAUGUGUAUAUAUAAAAAUAGUUUGCAUAUACAAGAUAUAAUAUAAUCGGGUUGAAUUCUCAAAUGGGAGAAGCUGUGAAACAUAACUUAUGAAAAUAUUGUACGCAGAAGACACAGCCCUCAUUACAUAAAUGAAUUUUUGUCAUAUGCAUGAGAAAUGUCUUAUUUGGUGGCUAUGGAUGAAUGGUUGCAAUUUUGUUAGCUCCAUAAUGUUAGAUCACCACUCUUAAAACUGCUUAGCAUUAAAUACCACUUUGAUCAA